GUUUGCCUUGCGCGUUCAGGUUCCGCCUGCGUCGAUGACCUAACUCUCUCUCUCUCUCUCUCUGAGUUUCGUCUAUUUCAGAGUUUGAGAGUUAGGGUUUCUUCCUCGAUCAUCCCCCACCACCUUCUCUUUCGCUUUGGAAGGCCGGAGUCUGGUGUUAAAAAUCCCUUCUUUGAUCGAUGAAGAAAGCCAAAUCGGACAAACUAGACAUGGUCUUGGCGCUGACGAGGCAAAGAUCCCUCCAAGUCUUGAUCUGCGUUGGCCUCCUGUACAUAGUUUUAGUAACUGUAGAAAUUCCCUUCGUCUUCAUAUCCGGGUUCAAUUCGCUCUCCCAAGAGACCCUCUCUCGCCCCCAGGCCCAACUCCAAACCGGACGCGACUUGCAAGAGAAAUACGCCCCGACUCGGCCUCACAUCACCGUUUCUCAGGACUCCGACGAGUUGGCCCCGAGUCGGCUCGCCGAGCCCAGGAACAUCGUCUCGGGCUUGAACUUCGAGAAGACGUGGAAGACCGGCGUCACCGGCGGGUUCUCGGAGCUCGACAAGUCGGCAAAGGUCGCUUGGGACGUGGGUCGCAAGUUUUGGGAUGAAUUGCAAUCUGGGAAGGUGAAUAUCAUCAUCCAAAAGCCCCAGGAUGGGUCGGAAUCGUGCCCGCAUUCGGUGUCUCUAUCUGGGUCGGAUUUCUUGAACCGGAAGAGGUUGAUGGUGUUGCCGUGCGGGCUCACGCUGGGGUCGCACAUAACGGUUGUCGGGAAACCUAGGUCGGCGCAUGCGGAGAACGAUCCGAAGAUAGCUCUUUUGAAGGAAGGGGACGAGCCGGUGAUGGUCUCGCAGUUUCACAUGGAGUUGCAGGGGUUGAGGAUUGUGGAGGGCGAGGACCCGCCCCGGAUUUUGCAUUUGAAUCCCAGGUUGAAGGGUGAUUGGAGCGGGAAGCCGGUGAUCGAGCAGAACACUUGCUAUAGGAUGCAAUGGGGGACGGCGCAGCGGUGCGAAGGGUGGAAAUCUAAGGCUGAUGAAGAGACUGUUGACGGCCAGCUGAAGUGUGAGAAGUGGAUCCGUGAUGAUGAUGAUCGCUCUGAGGAGUCCAAGACGUCAUGGUGGUUGAACCGACUCAUAGGACGGACAAAGAAGGUGUCGGUUGAUUGGCCAUAUCCAUUUGCUGAAGGCAAGCUCUUUGUUCUAACUCUUAGUGCUGGAUUGGAGGGUUAUCAUCUUAGUGUCGAUGGAAGGCACAUCACAUCCUUUCCUUAUCGCACUGGUUUUGCUCUUGAAGAUGCGACUGGCCUAACUUUAAAUGGUGAUAUCGAUGUGCAUUCCCUAUUCGCCGCUUCUCUACCAACUUUACAUCCUAAUUAUGCUCCACAGAGACAUCUUGAGAUGUCAAGAAAAUGGCAAGCCCCGGCUUUUCCCAAAACUCCUGUAGAAAUGUUCGUCGGCAUCCUUUCAGCAGGUAACCAUUUCGCAGAGCGAAUGGCUGUGAGGAAGUCCUGGAUGCAGCAUAAGCUUAUCAAAUCUUCAAAUGUGGUAGCUCGCUUUUUUGUAGCAUUGCAUCCUCGGAAGGAAGUGAAUGCGGAAUUGAAGAAAGAGGCAGAGUUUUUCGGUGACAUUGUUAUUGUCCCUUACAUGGAUAAUUAUGACCUCGUUGUACUCAAAACAGUGGCCAUCUGCGAAUAUGGGGUUCGCAAAAUGUCGGCCAAGUACGUGAUGAAAUGUGAUGACGAUACAUUUGUGAGGUUGGAUGCAGUUAUGGAUGAAGUCAAGAAGGUACCGGAAGGAAAGAGCUUGUAUAUUGGGAACAUCAACUACUACCAUAAGCCCCUUCGAUACGGCAAAUGGGCAGUCACAUUUGAGGAAUGGCCUGAGGAAGAGUAUCCGCCCUAUGCAAACGGACCAGGCUACGUUUUGUCCUCCGACAUUGCGCACUUCAUUGUGUCCGAGUUUGAGAGGCUUAGAUUAAGGCUUUUCAAGAUGGAGGACGUGAGCGUGGGGAUGUGGGUGGAGCAGUUCAACAGCUCGAGACCCGUCGAGUACGUGCACAGCUACAAGUUCUGCCAAUUCGGGUGCAUAAAGGAUUACUACACUGCGCACUAUCAGUCUCCGAGGCAGAUGAUCUGCAUGUGGGACAAGUUGCAAGAACUAGGCUGGCCUUUGUGCUGUAAUAUGAGAUGACAGGCUCCGUCGCGGAGGAGGAGAAACCAUAGAAGAGAGGCAGACAAGUUUUGCAGGCAUAGCCAUGACGCAUUGUAUAUACUCCGGACCAUGGUACAGUGAGAGUCGGGUGUAUCUAGGUUCUAGGAUGCUCGAGGAUUAAUCUUUAAAUUCAUUCAUUAUUUCACCCAUCCAGUUUCCUCUUCAGCCUAUCUACAUAGGUUCUGCGAUUUGGGAGCAUUUUUUUGUCCCACGGUGCAUUGGUCGGGUUAGAGCCGGCGCAUGAUCAAGGGGAUCGGUUGGUGCAUUUGUCGUGCCGACCGCUCCUCUAGUUUCUUCGUUAGGACGGGAAUUUGCUUUAGUCGCUGGAAAUGUUACAUGGUAUCGGAUCCUUGGUGAAAA